ACAUGGGACUUGAAUCCAGCAGUCUUAGAGUAUAUUCGUGGAUUACUGCGUACGUUAGUGUAGGCUCUCUACGGGACAGAUGAAGCUAUCUGCCGCCGGGCUAGUUGCCUGGCACUCGGUAGGAUUUCCACGCGGUAGGAUUUUUGCCCAGCGAAAGUCCUGUCAUGUCUACCCCACUCACCUCGCCUUCGGAUAUUUUGACCACCGAAAGCAGAGUUUACCACCCGCGUUCCUGUUCCGAACAUCUCACAGCGACACGAUGAUGGGGAAGAAAGGUUUACUGGAGAGACUGGCGGAAGGCCCCGUUAUCGGUGAUGGUAGUUAUGUCUUCACACUGGAAAAACGUGGCUAUGUGAAGGGUGGACCGUGGACACCAGAGGCCGUCAUAGAACACCCGGAAGGAGUUAAACAGCUUCACAGAGAGUUCAUGCGCGCAGGAGCAGACGUCCUCCAGGCCUUUACCUUCUACUCUACCGAUGACAAACUUCACCUGGCCGGAAACCUGGCGGGCGAGUCAGUUACCUGUCACGACCAAAACGAGGCAGCUUGCAAAAUCGUACAGGAAGUAGCUGCGGAGGGAAAAGACGUACUGAUAUGUGGAGGUUGUUCGCCCACGCCGUCAUACAUGGAGAAAAAAGGCAAAGAAGUAGUGCAGCAGGAGUUUAAGAAACAGGUGGACGUCUUCGCACACAGGGAAGAAGUCGACUUUCUACUCUGCGAGUUCAUGGGUCACGUAGAGGAGUGUGAGUGGGCUAUAGAAGCCAUGAAAGCCGCAGGAAAACCCGUUGCAUGUACGAUGCGGAUCGGACCAAAGGGUGACCAGAACGGAGUUCCAACGGGAGAGUGCGCAGUCAGAAUGGCAAAAGCCGGAGCUGACGUUGUUGGGAUCAACUGUCUCUACGAUGUCAACACGAGUCUGAAGACUAUAGAGAUGAUGAAGACAGCCCUGGACAAGGCGGGCCUGUCCCCGUACCUGAUGAUACAACCGCUAGGGUACCACUGUCCGGAGGUGGAGAACAUGCUAGAGGGCUACUUCCAUCUACCUGAAGCGCCAUUCGCUUUGGAGCCCCGUCUUCUGACCCGUUUUGACGUCCAGAAGUUCGCUCGUGCCGCCUACGAGCUGGGUGUGAGGUACCUGGGUGGGUGCUGCGGGUUCGAGCCGUAUCACAUACGCGCCCUAGCAGAAGAGUUGGCUCCUGAAAGGGGGCGCUUACCUGACGCAAGUGCCAAACAUGAGCCUUGGGGUGGAGCACUGAAGGGCAGCAUGUUCGCCUUCAUGAGGAAAAGGGCUGGACGCGAACAUUGGGAGAAUAUAAAGCCAACUUUGGGACGUCCCGACCACCCCGUUCUCCAAGAUCAUCUCGAUGAAUAGCUUGCAUCACAUCCAACAAUAACAGAUUUAUGUUCUAAGACAUAAAAGUCUUGAAUUAGUGAUACGUUCUCUAAACAUUAGCCUGUUAUACAGGCAACUAUGUAAUUUGCCAAUUGUCACCAAAUCAGGAAUUAUGUUCACGGAAGAGAAACCUUGUUUUUGCUCCGUUUUCUUCUAAGUUUUCUUCCUUUUUUUUCCCAAAAAAUUGACAUAGACCAGGUGGCUGUCACCAUGGUUAUUGGUGAAGUAGCAGACACCCUUUGGUGUUCGAUUUCAUUAUGUAGCAAGGGGCAGGACAGAACUCGAUGGGCUGGUCAUCAUAAAUAUUAAUGUGUUUGAGCUUGAAUAAACAGAGCUGUAAAUUGUUAAGUUAUAGAUCACGUUAUGUUUAUUUCAUUUGAAAUGUUGUCAUUUUUGGCCAAGUCCCUAUAAUUGUCGAUGGGCUGAGAUAAAUGUUCACGUAUACGUGGUUUGUUUUCGACAAAAUAAGAUGGAGAAUAAUACGCACAGUGAAUAUUAACAACAUAUCGUCAGAAGAGAAUAACUGACUUAUACUGAAACAAUCUUAUAUAUCAUGGUGAUGAAAAAAGUUAAGGAAUAUUUUCUGUAACUUCUUUAUGUGGGUGGUAUUAAAAUACCUUCGAAAUGAU